AUUGGGGACUUCACUCUGACCACCAUGAUAGGAACUCCAAUAAGCAAAAGCCAAUUGAUACUUGCAUAUCAAAAAACAAACACAUUCUCAAAAAAAUCCUCUAUCACCUGACUCACCUAUCUUCAACUCAAGGCCCUUUAGCCUCAGCUAGCAGCAAGUGUGAGAGUGUUACACAACAUGGAAUAUACUUAUUCAGAGGGUGCAGAGGCAGAAACUUACACCAGUAGCAGCACCACCCCAUCAAGUGGCAUGAGAUCAAAGAAGAAAAGCAACAACACAAGAAGGUUCAGUGAUGAUCAAAUCAAAUCACUGGAAACCAUGUUUGAGACAGAGUCAAGGUUAGAGCCUAGAAAGAAGUUGCAGCUGGCAAGAGACCUUGGAUUGCAGCCAAGACAGGUUGCUAUAUGGUUUCAGAACAAGAGAGCUAGGUGGAAGUCAAAGCAACUUGAGAGAGACUAUGGUAUACUACAAUCCAAUUACAACAGUUUAGCCUCACGUUUUGAAGCUCUCAAGAAGGAAAAACAAACAUUACUAAUUCAGUUGCAGAAGCUGAAUCAUCUAAUGCAGAAGCCAUUGGAGGCAGGUCAGAGUCGGACACAAGUUGAAGCAGCAAACAGCAUGGACAGUGAAUCAGAAAAUGGAGGCACCAUGAAAUGUGAGCUCGAGGAAAAGCCAAGCCCAUCAAUAGAAAGAUCAGAACAUGCACACGGUGUUCUGUCUGAUGAUGAUGCUAGCAUAAAGGUGGAACACUUUGGGCUAGAAGAUGAACAUGGUCUCUUGAACUUUGCUGAGCAUGCUGAUGACUCCUUGACUUCACCGGAAGAUUGGAGUGCUUUUGAAUCCAAUGCUCUCUUAGGCCAAACGUCCAGUGAUUACCAAUGGUGGGACUUCUGGUCCUGAAUGAAACAGAACAACCAAAAUUUUGUGAAGGAAUAUGUAUGCAUACAUAUUAAUGCUUCAUGUUUGGUUCCAUAUUCUGCAUGCAAAUCUUCACAUCAACCCAGAUGCAGCUAGUUAUAGCUUCUA